UAUUUUCAUGUUCGCUUUCAUUUCAUUUGGUUACAAAUUCCAUUUCUCUCUUCCAUUUGGCUUCAUUUUUUAUUUUGUUAAGGUUUUUUUGGAGGUUGUAGGCUCAUGCGCAUGCGUCCAUUUCCAAUAAUGCGCAAAUGUUUAUUAUGGCUAAAUACGCUAUAUUGAUCCAGGAGUUAUGAAUAUCUAUUUUGCCGUUUUUGCCUUCAUGACACCUGUUGUUAUUGUUAUGAUAACGGUAGGCCUAUCAUGUCUAAUUCAUCGAAGGAGGCACAAUCGGAUUGAACGCUCACUUCUUCAAUGAUGGACGCUCUGGUUCGUAUUAGUGUGAGUAACAUGUAUGUAUCUGGUCAUGUCAGUGAUUUGUAUAUGUUUACAUGGUUUGUUGUUUCCCCGUUGUAGUCUACUAAUAGCCUAUUACAUUUUAUAGGCUAAUGAUGCAGGCAGUAGCCUAAAGCCUUGGCUACCAGAAAUAGAUCACCAUUUAUUUUCAGGUGUAUGAUUCGCCCCCAUAUGCAUCUGUCGGACCCCUCUACGACAUAAUUUCUAACAUUUAACACGGCUCAAUGUAACACAUUGGUAUCUUAUUUUUAGGUGAUAUAGGCCUGUCUAUACACUGUUUUCUAGAAAAUCUAUUCCCCUUCCACCCCAUUCCUCUACCUUGAAUGUGGUCAUGAAUUCGUUAUGAUGGCCUAACUAUUCUUCAACCUAGACCAAAAGGAAACAUAUAUUUAUGUUUUAAAUAACACUAUCAUUUACCAUACUAUUCCCAUUAGGCAAUAUUCCAAUUUCCAUUGAAUUCACCUGCAAAUAUGUGGAUGCCUACCAAAUGCAUUUGAACCACUUAUAGGCCUUUUAUAGGCGUUACCCUUUUUGGGCAACAUUUUUGAGAACUAGGCUAUAAGGUGCUCUAUCAUGUAUAUAUAUUUUUGGGGUGGACAACAAAAAUGCUAAAGAAAUGUAGACCAUAUGCCUACUCAAAUGCAACAUUAGACACUGGAAACAAAUAAAGGAGCCGUGCAACUAAAAUGCUACGCGUUUUGUGCAUGCUCCGGGGAUGCGCAUGGACCACGGAUGCUCGUUACCAUGGAGACGGGAUGCAGGAAAGCGGCGCGGUCUUGCGCAGCAGAGGGGGAGAUAAAAAAAAAAACUAGGGUACCGAAUAUUGCACAGCGCAAUGGGCUAACCUAGUUUUGAAAAAUAAGAACAAUGAAAGACUGAAAAUAACUAUUUUUUACGCACUAUAUUAACAGGAAUGAAAAGGGAGUCCUUAAAUAUUUGCAUCUCACAACUCUCCCAUGCCACACCUUGUGGCGGGGCAGAAAUACCCCCGGCUUUCAGUUUCUACUAUCCCCUCUGGGUGCGUCGCUCAGAUUACUAUGGAAGAAACCUUCAUAUCAUGGCGCCUCGAUUCCAGUUGAAGAACAAGAAAGGACAGGACGGAUUUGACAUUGGUGAAUGACAGCGAGACAGGAUCUCUAACCAUGUCCUGCUGUCUAACAUGAAGAGCAUGGAGCGCGAGCUGCAUUGCCCGGUGUGUAAGGAGAUCGUCAAGCAGCCUGUGGUCCUGCCGUGUCAGCACAGCGUCUGUCUGAUGUGUGCCUCCGAGGUCCUGGUUCAAAAUGGCUACCCUCCUCCGGAGUUGCCGCCCGAGCCCAACUCUCCUGCCUCCACCCCCAACACCCGCUCUCCCCACCAGGCACGCAGGCCCAUGCCCAGCAAGGCCGACCAUCGACCCAUUGACCGCGUGCUACGUUCAGGAUUUGGUACCUAUCUGUCGCCGGGGCGACGGCGUAAGGAACCACCCCAUGCAAUGUUAUUUCCAUGCCCGCCCUGUGGGAGGGAGGUAGAGCUGGGAGAGAAGGGUCUGGCUGACUGCCUGCGUAACCUUACCUUGGAGCGCAUUGUAGAGAGAUACAGACACACAGUGAGCCUAGGCAGUGUGGCUGUGAUGUGUCAGUUCUGCAAGCCUCCCCAGUCCCUGGAGGCCACUAAGGGCUGCGCCGACUGCCGAGCCAGCUUCUGUAACGAGUGUUUCAAGCUCUACCACCCCUGGGGGACACCGCGCGCCCAGCACGAACACGUCCAGCCCACCCUCAACUUCAGGCCCAAGGUUCUGUCGUGUCCUGAGCAUGACCAGGAGCGUCUGCACUUCUACUGUAGGACGUGCCAGCGGUUGCUGUGCCCGCUCUGCAAGCUGCGCCGCGUACACGCCGGGCACAAAGUGGCACCAGUCGCCCAGGCCUACCAGACUCUCAAGGACAAGAUUACCAAGGAGAUGAACUACGUUCUGGCCAACCAAGAGACGGUGCUGGGCCAGAUCACACAGCUGGAGAGUGCUAUCACUCAGACAGAGGCCAACAGCGUAGCGGCACGGGAGCAGCUGUCCCAGAGCGUGAGGGACCUGACUGCCCUCCUCGCCGAGCGCCACGCCUCAUUGACCGAGGCUCUGGAGAGGGCGAGACAGAAGCGGGGUGAGGCGUUGGCGGGCCAGGUGGCGGAGAGGCGGAGCCUGCUGGAGCAUGCAGGCCUCAUGGCGUUGUCCCAGGAGCUGCUGAAGGAGACGGACCCGCCCUGCUUCGUCCAGGCAGCGCGCCAGACACACAGCAGGUUAUCCACGUCCAUCGAGGGGCUGCAGUGUUUCUCUCUGGCCGCUGAUCCCUCCUUCAGACACUUCCAGCUGGAUGUCUCCAAAGAGCUCAAACUCCUCACAGACCUGCAGUUCAUCCAGGCCCCUCUGGCCCCUGUAAUUGACACCCAAAAGACCCUGGCCUAUGACCAGCUUUUUCUGUGUUGGCGGCUGCCUCAGGAAUCCGCUCCCGCCUGGCACUUCUCUGUUGAGUUUCGUCGCCGUGGGGUGGUGCCAGGAGGCGGGGCCAGAGGUGGUAUCCAAGGACGAUUGGCUGCGGCCCGCUGGGGCUGGCAGCGGCUGGAGGAAGUGGGCGGGACCAGUGCUGUGAUUGACAGGUUGGAGAUGGACAGUGUGUAUGUGUUGAGGGUGAGAGGCUGCAACAAGGCCGGCUUCGGGGAGUACAGUGAGGAGGUGUACCUACACACCCCGCCAGCACCAGUGUUAAAUUUUUACCUGGACUCUCGCUGGGGUCUCCAUGCCGACCGGCUGGUGGUGAGUAAGGAGCAGCGCUGCGCCCGGAGCGUCCCCGGUCUGUCCCUGCUGCAGGCCGCCGACCUAGCGCUCACUUCCUGUCACCUGACUGCAGACCUGCUGGUGGGCGACGUGGCCAUCACCCAGGGCAGGCACUACUGGGCAUGCUCAGUGGAGCCCGGCUCCUAUCUGGUCAAGGUGGGGGUGGGCCUAGAGGCCAAACUACAGGAGUGGUUUCAUCUUCCCCAAGACAUGGCCAGUCCCCGCUAUGACCCAGACAGUGGUCAUGACAGUGGGGCGGAGGAUUCCCUGGACUCCCCUCCCCCCUUCUCCUUCCUCACCAUGGGGAUGGGCAAGAUCUUCCUGCCCCACGGUCCCAACCAUCAUAACAACCAUGGUUGCCCCGCCAAUGGCACCAGCCCUCGCCGCAGCCCUACCAUCUCCAACGGGAACAUCCCCGCCUCCUCGCCUACGGGCCUCACCUACCCCCUGCCUCCCAGGCUCGGGGUGUGCCUUGACUUCGAGAAGGGUCGCGUCACUUUCUACGAUGCCCACUCGCUCCGUCCACUGUGGGAAGGGCCUGUCGAUUGCUCCGGCCCCGUUUGCCCGGCUUUCUGUUUUAUUGGCGGAGGGGCGCUGCAGUUACAGGAGCUUGUGGCCAAUCGGAUGGCAGACCAGACUCCAGUCAGGAGGGUCACCAUCCAACCCCGUGUCACUAAUCUGAAUAACUAGGCCAGAUUCAAUCCGAAACCACGGCGUAGCGCGCUUGACAUUUAAAGGUAAUUUCCAAUUGUGACAACAUCUGCCGCGUUUACCUUGAAUGCGAUCUCCGCAAAUGCGGUAACAUUGCCUUUAAAACGCGCAUCAAUCAUCUGAGGUGAUUGAUUGGACAUAGAAUGUAAAGUUAAUUGUAAGCUAUUUACUUGGCCGGAGCAAAAAGUUAGUAACCUCAGAGAUUGUGUUGUUUUGUAUUUCAUUUGUAUGAGAAAAAUAGUUUUUAUUGCAACCAAUAUGCAAAUGUCUAACUUUACUGCAUUAUUUUGGGGGUUUGCACAUUUUAUUUUGUCAGAAAUACUAAAUUGCUUAAGUAGUAGCUGUCAAAUUACACACACAGCAAUUAUGUAAUGUCUCAUAUCUCUGACACUUGCACUAUUAACCACACUAUACUGUAUAUAUACUGUAUAUAUUUACAGUAUAUAUGUUUAUAUAUAUAUAUGCAAGAACAGAUAUAGUUUAGAAACACUCUUUCUCAGUCAUGUUAUGUCUGGGUGUUCAUCUAGGUCAGGGGUACUCAAAUCUUACCCUACAAGGUCCCGGGCAUCUGCUGGUUUCCGUUCUACCUGAUAAUUAAUUGCACCUACCUGGUGUCCCUGGUGGAACUGGCUUUGAGGUCCAGAUUUGAAUUUGACGGAUCUAUGUUUUUUGAUACUUCAUAUAACAGGUUCCCCUUCACUGUGUACUAACACUUUUCACACGUCUAUGUCUGUGUAUCUCCAAUGGUAAAAAGUCCUGACUGUUAGUGAAAUCUUCCCACUCACUCCAUCACAACCCCAACCAAAGUGAUUUCUCUGGACUAAAUACUGUUGUAAUUGAGUAGACAGUAGAUUUAGUUAGGUGGAUAACAUGAACAUGAGGCAAUACUGUAAUUAAGAACUGAAUGAUACUGCUUCGGCUUCAGCCACCUUUAUCACUUGCUUCUUGAUUAAUACGUUUGUGCAUUGAUUGUUUUUCCAAUGUUUAACUUCUGCAGUGUGUGCGUGCAUGCGUGUGUGCGUGCGUGUGUGUGUAGGAGAAGGAGCGAGAAUGCAGUAAUUCACUUGUCUGAUAAUCAUAUUGAUCACCAUUGGCUAAUGAUAAUUUUGGCUUUUAGGGAAUAUUUUGGAUUAUUUCAAAGUGGGCUUGAUUGUAAAUAAUGAGCAGUGCUUCUUAUGAAUGAUAAGCUUUCUAGAAAUGUAGGUUGUCUCUGAAAUGGCACCCUAUUCCCUAUAUCGUGCACUACUUUCGACCAACUCGAUUCUUGGUCAAAAGUGGGACGCAGACGAAAUGUAGACUUCUCCUGCUGGCAGAAUGUUUGUAAAAAUAAAAAACAUAGACCAACAAUUAACUCGAAAUAAAUACAAAUUCUGAAAAUAA